GUCAGCAAGUGAUAUGCUUCAGGUGAGAAAAGUGAUGGAACACGUGUAUGAGAAAAUCAUAAACUUGGAUAAUGAGUCUCAGACAACUAGCUCUUCCAAUAAUGAAAAAGCAGGAGAACAAGAAAAAGAGGAGGACAUUGCUGUGCUAGCAGAGGAGAAGAUUGAACUUCUGUGCCAGGACCAGGUUUUGGAUCCGAAUAUGGACCUUCGAACUGUAAAGCACUUCAUUUGGAAGAGUGGUGGUGAUCUGACACUUCAUUAUCGCCAGAAGUCAACGUGAAGGGAGCGGUGGACCCAAAUGGUUAUUUACUUGACCGUACUGUACUGGUUCCAAGAGUAGUACUAUAGAAGCCCACUGAACCCCUAAGGUAGAUGAGACUUCUAAUGACUCAGUAUGGACGGAAAGUAUACAUUUAAUUGAAGUGACUAAUAGAUCUGUAAUAUAGAGGAAAAAAAUCUAUAUGACUUAAACUAAAGUCUGUCCUAGUCUCAGCUAAUGAGAUGGGAAGUCCCUGAGUGGUUCGUGUUGUGUGAGGUGUACAGAGAACGGAUGAUAAUCCAGUGCAGACUUUUGCUUCCUCCUCUUUGCUUUUGUUUUUCCAGAACAUAAUAUCCUCAUCUGCUCAUGCUUGAUAUGAAACCAUUUUGGCCAUAUUAGUUGCUGUGUUCACAAUAUAAUUCAGAACUG